GCAUUAUUUUCCCCACAAUCUCUAACGUCUGCAGCCAGAUGCCCCUCCCCUGUGUGUAUGUCACACUAUCUUGCUUGUAUGUGCCUGUAGUAUGAUGCAUAGCAGGCUGGAAUGGUUGAACAAUUGGAUCAGCAAGUAUUCUGGCUUACCUCCUGGGGUGGAGCCUGCAGCCACCUUGCAGACAAGUAUGAGGAAGAGAAGGCAGGAUGCAAAAGAGAUUAGGCAAACUUGUACACCAGGCAGCAAAAUAUACUGACCAAAUUAUGGCAGCAGAAUCAACUGAAAUUGAUGAUGGUUUAUAUAGUCGGCAGAGAUAUGUUCUGGGUGAUACAGCCAUGCAGAAGAUGGCUCAGUCUCAUGUUUUCCUUAGUGGAAUAGGUGGACUUGGAGUUGAGAUCGCAAAGAACAUUGUUUUAGCUGGAAUUAAGGCUCUCACAAUCCACGACAACAGAAAAUGUGAAAUGUGGGAUCUUGGAACAAAUUUCUUUAUCAAGGAAGAUGAUGUUAAAAAUAAAAAAAAUAGGGCAGAAACAUGUCUUCCACACAUUGCAGAGCUUAACCCUUAUGUACAUGUUGAGUCUUCCACCGUGCCACUGGAUGACCUUUCAUUUUUGAAGCAUUAUCAGUGUGUAAUAUUAACUGAAACCAGGCUGUCUCUGCGAAAGAAGAUCUGUAAUUUCUGCCAUGCUCAACAACCACCCAUAAAGUUUAUCAGUUCAGAGGCCUUUGGUAUUUGCGCAUACCUCUUUUGUGACUUUGGAAAUGAAUUUGAGGUAACAGACACUACUGGAGAAGAGCCAAAAGAAAUCUUUAUUUCAAAUAUAACACAGUCAACUCCAGGAGUGGUAACCUGCUUUGAAAAUCGUCCACACAAACUGGAAAAUGGACAGUUCGUAACUUUCCGAGAAGUCAAUGGAAUGACUUCUUUAAAUGGAUCCAGGCACCAGAUCACAGUUAUAUCUCCAUAUUCAUUCAGCAUUGGUGAUACAGCUCACAUGGAACCCUAUCAACAUGGAGGAAUAGCAGUGCAGAUUAAAAUGUUUAAAACAUUUUCCUUUGAAACACUGGAAAUGCAAUUAGAAAACCCAACAUACCUCACUGUGGAUUUCAGUAAACCAGAGGCACCUUUGAAUAUUCAUACUGCAAUGCUGGCACUAGAUUAUUUUCAAGAGAAGCACAACCGCCUUCCAAAUAUAGGGUGCCUUCUGGAUGCUGAAGAGAUGCAGAAGUUAGCAAGAUCUGUAACUGAAGUCUUAAAGAACAAGCCUCUGCUGGAUGAGAACCUGGUAAAAUGGUUGUCUUGGACAGCUCAAGGAUUGUUAACGCCACUUGCAGCUGCAAUAGGUGGCAUUGUUAGCCAGGAAGUUUUGAAAGCAGUGACAGGAAAAUUUUCUCCAUUGCAACAAUGGCUCUUUAUUGAUGCUUUGGACAUUGUUCACUCCCUGGAAACAGCAAAUCGUGAUGAAUUUCUUCCAAGAGGAGACAGAUAUGAUGCCUUAAGGGCUUGCAUAGGAGACACAUUUUGCAAGAAGAUUCACAACAUAAAUGUGUUCCUGGUUGGAUGCGGUGCAAUUGGGUGUGAAAUGUUGAAGAAUUUUGCACUUUUAGGGGCUGGAAGUGGCUCAGAGCGUGGGCUGAUUACAGUAACAGACCCUGACUUAAUUGAAAAAUCUAACCUGAACAGGCAGUUUCUCUUCCGACCCAAACACAUUCAGAAACCUAAAAGCUAUACUGCUUCUGCUGCAACCCUCAACAUCAACCCACAAUUAAAAAUUGAUCCGCGGUUAGACAAGGUCUGCCCUGCAACUGAGAACAUUUUUGAUGAUGAGUUCUGCACCAGACAGGAUAUUAUAGUGACUGCUUUGGACAAUGUAGAGGCAAGAAGAUACAUUGACAGUCGUUCAGUGUCAAAUCUUCGACCCCUUCUUGACUCUGGAACCAUGGGGACUAAAGGGCACACAGAAGUUGUUAUACCUCACUUAACUGAAUCUUACAACAGCUAUCGGGAUCCCCUUGAUGAAGAAAUACCAUUUUGUACUUUAAAGUCCUUUCCAGCAACUAUUGAGCAUACAAUACAGUGGGCAAGAGAUAAGUUUGAAAGCUCAUUCUCCCAUAAACCAUCAUUAUACAACAAAUUUUGGCAGACUCAUUCUUCUGCACAGCAUGUCCUACAGAGAAUACAGUGUGGCGACAGUUUAGAAGGUUGUUUUCAUGUUGUUAAAUUGCUAAAUCGGAAACCUAGAAAUUGGACCCAGUGUUUGGAGCUUGCAAGGCACAAGUUUGAAAAGUACUUCAGACACAAGGCGCAACAGUUACUACAUUCUUUCCCUCUGGACACACAAUUAAAAGAUGGCACUUUAUUUUGGCAGUCACCAAAGCGACCACCUACUCCAGUACACUUUGAUGCAAAAGACCAACUGCAUCUCAGUUUUAUAGUUAGUACCGCCAAAUUGCUUGCAGAAGUGCACAGCAUCCCUUUAACUGAAAAGGAUGUAUCAAAAGAGGCCAUCAUAAAAAUAAUAUCAGAAAUGCCAAUUAAAGAAUUCACACCAUCAAAUAAGAUUGUAGAAACAGAUGAAACUGUGAAAAAACCUGACCAAAUUCCAGUAAGCAGUGAAGACGAACGGACUGCAGUUAGUCAGCUGGAGAAGGCUAUUGCAGAUGGUCAUGUGUCUAAAUCGGAUCUCCAGCUGAUUCCAUUAUCAUUUGAAAAGGAUGAUGACGGCAAUGAGCAUAUCUCCUUCAUCACUGCAGCAUCCAACCUAAGAGCUAAGAUGUAUAACAUUGAUCCUGCUGAUCGAUUUAAGACCAAGCGUAUUGCAGGGAAGAUCAUUCCUGCUAUAGCUACAGCUACUGCAGCAGUUUCAGGCCUGGUUGCUCUGGAGUUGAUAAAAGUGGUAGGAGGACACCCGUUUGAAGUUUACAGAAAUUGCUUUUUCAAUCUUGCAAUUCCAAUUAUUGUGUUUACUGAAGCUGCAGAAGUAAGAAGAACAAAUAUCAGAAAUGGCAUUUCUUUUACCAUCUGGGACAGGUGGACAAUUUAUGGAAAGGAAGACUUUACCCUUUUAGAUUUCAUUAAUGCAGUCAAAGAGCAGUAUGGUAUUGAACCAACAAUGGUAAUACAAGGAGUCAAAAUGCUUUAUGUUCCAGUUAUGCCUGGUCACGCAAAAAGACUGAAACUAACGAUGCACAAACUUGUAAAGCCAGGGAUAAGCAGAAAAUAUGUUGACCUGACUGUGUCUUUUGCACCAGAAAGAGACGAAGAAGAAGAUUUGCCUGGACCGCCUGUGCGAUAUUACUUCAGCCAGGAGGACAAUUAAUGGAUAAUAUGAUUGUGCCCCAUCCCCCCCCCCCCCCCCAAUAAGUAUCUCUGUCAGUACUACUUGUAGGUGAAGCCUUAAUUGAGAGGAACAAAUGAAAAUGGUACUAUUGCACUAUUGUUUUACACAAAAGUAGCAUCCCUAGUGCUUUCUUAUAUGCGGUAAUGUAUAGCCACUUCACUGUGGAAUUGGGAUGCAUAUCACCAUGCUUUAACCCAAAAAAUAAAAACCAUAUGCAGAAGUAAGGACCAAGAAACCCUUUUUUGCAUCUUCAUUUUCUGUACCUCUUUGCUGAAAUUUUUUUCAGUAAAUUAUUAUAGAUUUAUUAGAUAUUCACUUUAUAUGUGCCUUGGAAUGUGUACAUGUGCAAAGAAAUAUUUCUGUCAGCAUUGUGGCCCAGUUCUGGUGCUCAUAAAUAAGGUAUUUGGUAGUUGUUUUGCAGGCUAUUAAUUAUAGUUAUAAUAACUUGGUUUGCCAAGUACUGUAUGAAGAUAAUAUGACCAACUAGAGAGCGUCAGUGUCACCAUUAUACAGUGUGCAUGUGAAUAUUACAGUAAGUUGGCCAGACAUAGUUAAACAUAAAUACAAUUCUGUUAUUUUUAGCUAUUUAAAUUCUUUAAUGAUUUAAAGGUAAACAUUUUUUUAUCAAAGGUUGUAGAAGUGGUUGUUAGUCCAACUCUAAAAAAAAAAAGUAUAGUAAUAAUUAUUUUUCUUCUGUGCACACUACAAAACAACUAUUGUAAAAGUUUUAAAGAUUUUUUUUUUUGCAUGUUUUGUGUGAACAAGCAGAGUAUACUAGUGAAUAAUUUAUAAAUAUAUGGUGAAAUAUAUCCUAUGUUUGCCACUUUCUGAUGCCAUUUAGGUGAAAAUAGAUGGAUGUUUUUGCUCAUGUUAAUACUGAACCCCCAGAUAAACACCUGCUUUUUGUGAUCUGUAGGUAAAAAUAUUGCAGUUUGGGCCCAUGCCAUAAGAGUUAGUGGUAGAAAUAUUUCAGCCUUUCUCAGACCAAUGACUGAAUUUGCAGGUUUAUAGAUCAGUAUAGACACUCAGUUGAGUGCAUGAUAAUAGUGGCUUUUCAAAUAUUCUUGUCUUAUAUACAGAUCACCCCUAAGUCAGAAUCAGAAAGCAUUAUGGGGCAGAUUUAUGAAAAAAAUGUAAUCCAAGAAAAAAAAUUGUGAGCGCAGGAAAAACACAGACAAAACGCAAGCAACUGUUUACAUUUUUUCUCGAACGCUAGCUUAUUUAAGUAAAAACUUUAACUGAAUAGUCAAGUGUGUUUUCCCUAAAAAAAAAGUCACACACUAGUGUAAAUCAAAUAUUUCCAUACAUUUUCAACGAGGCUGAAUGAUAUCCCAUCCCAUGUCACUUGUUCAUACAUUGGCCACAUCUGUUAAAGAGCAGUUUAAGAAUCGUAUUUCUUUUUUCCCAGUAAAUUGGUAAAAUAAAUAAACAGUUGUUAGAGAAUAUUCAUAUAGAUUUCUAUACAACUUCAUCAGCUUCUACAUGAUGAGUUUUUUCUAGUGAAUUUUCAUUUUUUUUUUUUAAAUGUUUUUAAAAAAAAAGUUUUAUACAAAAUACACAUUUUUUCACUGCAUUCCUCUCGAAUUGAGAAAAAAAAGCAAUUCCAAAAAAGUGAUUCCAUACCCCCUACUGUUACAUCUAAAAUAUUAGAAGUCACCUAGGAGUUCUUUGACCUUAAGAGAGGAGUAAACAGCCUGAUGUUAAAAUCAGAAUACAUAUUCUCUGUCGUGGAAGCCAUUCAGAAACAAAAACUGUAAAAAAACUGUGUAAGAUAAAUGGCGAAAUUAUGAGGCUAAUGCCACAUGUAGCAUAGUUAGCGUAUUCUCAACAAGCUGAAAAACUUGCCUAAAAUACGCUGCGUGCGCUUUAAAAUUCUCCUACCUGUGCCUGCACCCGAUAGUAUGAAUACGCUCAGGUGCAGGCACAUGUAGCCGAUAUCCGCCGAAAAUGCGAAGUUUCACGGUUUUUGACGGAUAUCAGCUAUAUGUGCCUGCACCUGAAUGUAUUCAAUGCUAUUGGGUGCAGGUACAGGUAGGAGGAUUUUGAAGUGUAUGUAGCAUAUUCUAGGAAAGAGUUUUUCAGCUUGCCGAGAAUACGCUCCAUGUGGUAUUAGCCUUAAGGUGUGUUUUAUUUUACGCUGUCUGAUUACCAGAUUUGACACCAUUAUUUCUGGCAGAAGUUGCUCUCAGAAAAAACUUUACUCCAUUUUUUACAUGGCAAAGCCUGGUGAUGUGUGCCGUUUUUUACACAGCAUAAAAAUCUGCCCCAUGGUGUGUAGUAGCAAUAUCAUGUGUACCUAUACCACUACUGUAUCAAUUGGCAGAAAAAUGGUUGUAAAACUGUCUGAAGAAAAUUCUUAAUAUAGUGAUUUGUAGUGAUAUGUCUGUCCCUUGCUGCCACUUCUGACAAGGCUUGGAACGGCUCCCCAGCAUGGGCAAUAAAAAAACAAAAGAGAAGUGUAAUAUCUGUGCAACUAUUUCCCAAAAAUGAAGACAGACACACAGGUGACAGGAAGGCCAUAUUGGAUGGCAAUUCUUGCAAUCCAUUAAGGGAAGAUUAUAAAAACGCUGAUGAAACACAACUCUGGUUAUUUCUUGCAAAGACUGGUGCCAUGUUUGGCAACUAUCUGAACUAUGCUGUGGUGUAUUAGAUGGCAAUGCAGAGCUUUCACUGACAUUUGUAAGAAGCAGCCAAAAUCUAACAUCAGGAUAGGCAUCAGAUAGUACCACUAAUGGUAUAUUUGUUAUUUGCUAUAUUUUUUAUUUUGCUUAUUGCCUAUGCAGAGAGGAGAGAGUGCAGAAGCCGACCACUCUGAUUUCAACAGGUUUGGAGAUCAUGGCAGAACAGUAAGAAGGACACAAAACAAUAACAAAUAUGUAAUUAACAGUACUAUCUGAUGCUGAAAGGACCUAUCCUGAUGUUAUAUUCUGGCUAAAAUCUAUGGUGUCAGCAUUUUUGGGAAAUAGUUGCACAGAUAUUACACUACUCACUGGGUUUUGUAUUGCACAUGCUGGGGAGCAAUCUGAAGUCCUCCCAAGACUUGAAAGAAUUGGCAGGAAGGACAGGCAUUUCACUAUGUUUGAAUUUUCUUUAGAAAAUGUUACAGCCAUUUUUCUUGCAGUUAAUACAGUAGUGACUUCUAAGACUAAUUUUUUCAUCUUUCAUGAGCCCCAGUAACAUAAUAUUUAAUAUGAUCCCAGCUGCACUUCCUGCUUUCCUUUAUGUGUGGCUACUAUGCACUGCUGUAGCCUCAAGGGUUGCCACCUGUUCGGUUUUGACCUGAAGAGUUUUUUUUUUUUUUUAACCUGUCCGGGUCUCUACUGUCAGCCUUGUGAAACCCAAACAAUAAUUUUAAAUUAAAAAUACUUAAAUAUUAUGAUACUGUGAUUUUUUCUAUAAACAUGGCUUAUUUAUCAUCAAGUACAGUUUUAUGAACCGGGCAUCCACUUUUUCAAAGAGCUGUCUGUUUCAUACAGAUAUCCAGCCAGUUGCAUCUAAGAGAUGCAAUAACCCUACCCCAUUGUUAUAACCCAAUUUAACAUCAAUGUGCCGACCCCUGACAUCAUCAUGCCCACCCCCAGUAUCGAUGCCCCACCCCUGGGGUCAUCAUCCCCGCCCCCCUUGUUUAGGUUUAGCCACCAGCAAAGGUGGCAACCCUAGUAGCUUCUUCUUUCUUAUUUUGUUAACUCUCAUCUGACAGUUGGUAUAUUAAUUUGUAAUAAGUCUAUAAUACUAAAAAACUGACUAGAAUAGCUAGUAAGUCGCAGUCAUUAUUGUCUAUGAAGUACCAGCAUAUAUCAUUACAUUGGCAUGCUUGAAUAUGCCAACAUUUUGUUGCAAUAAAACCUCCUAAAAAGCAUAUAGCUGGUGGGGAAACAUACGUGGCACAGCUACUUUCUGAAGUACUGUAGCUUAAAGUUUCCUCGAGGCGCAACUUCGGAAAGCUGAAGCGAUGCAUUUGUUUUCCCCUGCAGUAGAGGGCAACUAAUCUCAUCUGUCAUUGCCCUUAAGCAGUUGAAAAAGUGGAUUAUGGAUAAUUUUGAGGUUUGCUUGAGUUGUUUGGCUCCUAGUAAUUUAUUCUUUGUGCGGGCUAAACAAAGACUGGGUUUUAAUAAUGGUGCCCAGUAAAUCAUUUGUUUUAAGUUUGUAUUAAGUUAUUCUUUACCACUGUAGGAUGAUCUUAUAUGUGACACUUCUGUCCUAAUGUGGUUUCUGUGUCAAUUAAGUGAACACUUUUAUUGCAUACCAAUGUCAGGCAGCACUCUCGGACUUUAUGCUAUUCUCAAGCUAUGCAGGUGUCUCCGAUUCCUGAUUUCACGUGAUCCAGACAGAGAACCUUGCUCUCACCAUAUUCUUAAUUUAGUAGGUAUGUACCAAAUCCGGGAUUCAACUGAAACCCAGCACUAGUUUUUGCUGAAACCCAACUAUUCAGCCAAAUGAAUCCCUUAAACCUCGAGUCAUGUGACUUUAAAGCUCUAGAGGUCAUUUGUUUGAUCACAAUUGAUGCAUUGUUUUCAUUUCUCAAAUUUUAAAAGCAAAUGAUUGUUUACUAUUAAGGCAUGGAUCAUUCAAAUACUUACAGAUUCAUUGUAUCCCUUCUUUUCAGAGAAACUGUAUAAUUGUUAAGAAACAAAAGGAAAAAGAAUAUAAUCUCAGUUAUCCUAACAUUUUUGUUACUGUUAUUACUGUCCUUCUUUUGUGCUCAGGGGCUUUAACUGCCAUAUGCAGUUAAUGCCAACACAUUGUGAUAAGUUUGCAAUUACAAAGUAUUUGUAAGAUGUAUUCAUUUAAAUGGAAGUCUGCCUUUUUUUAGUUUAUAGAUUAAUUUAGAUAGCUUAAUAAAACUGGUAUUUUUUACA